AUACCAUACCCAACUCUUUCAAAACGCAGUAAUAUGACCACGCAAUUUGGGGCCUCUUCCUCUUCCUCUUCCUCUUUUUCCACUACCCAAUCAUGGACACAUGAUGUUUUUCUGAGUUUUAGAGGUGAGGAUACACGUAACAACUUCAUAGGCCAUUUGCACAAUAAUCUAGUUCAAAAAGGAAUUAAACCCUUCAGAGAUGAUGAUGGGCUCAAAAGAGGAGAAGAUAUAUCACCCGCUCUUCUUAGAGCAAUUGAAGAGUCAAAAAUUUCUGUUAUUGUGUUCUCUGAAAACUAUGCUUCCUCGAAGUGGUGUUUGGAAGAACUGGCGAAGAUUAUUCAAUGCAAAGAAUCAAAGCAACAAAUGGUAUACCCUGUUUUUUACAAGGUAGAUCCAUCGGAUGUUCGAAACCAACGCGGUAGUUUUGGUCAAGCACUUGCUCACCAUGAUAACUGGGAGAAGGUGGUGAGAUGGAAGAAGGCUCUUACAAAAGCAGGAAAUUUGUCAGGGUGGCAUCUAGCAGACGGAGGGCAUGAAUCUGAUUUUAUUCUUAAAAUUGUUGAAGAGAUUUCGCAGCAAGUAUUAAAUCGUUCAUUUUUAAAUGUGGACAAGUACUUGGUUGGAAUAGAAUCUCGUGUAGAAGAUGUGUAUAAACUUUUAAGUAUUGGAGAAAAUGAUGUACAAAUGGUAGGGAUAUGGGGCAUUGGUGGAUUAGGUAAGACAACAAUUGCUAAAGCUGUAUAUAAUUUGAUUGCCCAUAAAUUUGAAGGUAGCUGCUUUAUGGAAAAUGUUAGAGAAAGAUCAAGCAUGUAUGGAGGCUUAGUCAUAUUACAAAAGUUCCUUCUUUCUAACACUCUAGGAUUGAAAGAAUUGAACGUAAGUAGUGUUGAUGAAGGAGUGACUGUGAUCAAAGAAAGGUUGAGCCAUAAAAGGGUCCUCUUAAUUCUUGAUGAUGUGAGUGCUUUGGAUCAGUUAAACUAUUUGGUUGGAAAACCUGCUUGGUUUGGUUCUGGUAGUAGAAUAAUUAUAACUACAAGAGAUAAACACUGGCUCACGGUUUAUGAUGUUAAUCAAAUAUACGAGGUAGAGAAGUUAAGUCAUCAUGAAGCUUUAGAGUUUUUCAUUUUUAAUGCCUUCAAAGAAAAUAGACUUCUGCCCGAAUUUAGUGAACUCAUAAAUAAGGUGAUACUUUAUGCUCAAGGGCUUCCAUUGGUUUUGCAAGUUUUAGGUUCAUAUCUACGUGGUAGAAGUAUAAAGAUGUGGGAGGACGUAUUAGACUAUUGCAAAAGAAAUCCUAAGCUUCAAGAAUUUCUCAAAAUAAGCUAUGAUUCACUGGAACCUUUGGUAAAAGAAGUCUUCCUUCAUAUUGCAUGUUUCUUUAAAGGUAAAGAAUAUAGCUAUGUGAUGGAUAUACUAGAAGGUUGUGACCUCCCUAAAUAUGGUAUUGAAGUACUUAAAGAAAAAGCCCUCAUAAGGAUUACUGAAUCAAAUGAGAUAUGGAUGCAUGACCUACUGGAAGAAAUGGGCAAAGAGAUAGUUUGUCAAGAGUCCCAAGAGCCUGGUGAGCGUAGCAGAUUAUGGCUUUAUGAGGAUGUAUAUCAUGUUUUUGCUCAAAACACUGGAACAAAUAAAAUUAAAGGAAUCAUGGUUAAGGGUGGUUUGCAAAAACAGAUAUGCUUGAGUAUUGAUAGCUUCUCAAAGUUGAAAAAUCUUCAAAUUUUCAUAAUCUCGAGUGAUAUAUUUGUUGGAGAUUAUGUGGAGUAUCUCUCAAACGAAUUGAGGAUCCUUGAUUGGACAUGGUCUCCACUAUCAUCUUUUCCAUCUAGCUUUUAUCCUAAGAAACUUGUUCUGCUGAAGAUGCACAAGAGCCGAACAAUACCAUUUGGGAAGGCACGGAAGAUGCUUUUUGGACUCGAGAUGCCCUGGAGUUCCAACUCACCAUUGGGAAAUGGACUAAAGAUUAUGCAACAUAUGACAUCUAUCGAUGUUUCAUAUAGUUCGGCUCUAACAAGGAUUCAUGACUUCUCUAUAUUCCCAAACUUAGUGAAGUUGGAUCUAACGGACUGUGUAAAUUUAGUUGAAGUAGAUCCUUCAGUUGGAUUUCUUAAGCAUCUUGUUUCUUUGAGGCUUUGUGGGUGCCGAGGACUUCGGAAAUUUGAAAUUGCUGGAGAGAUGAAAUCCUUAAAAUACCUGGAUUUAGGGUGGACUGGCAUCAAAGAGUUAUCUAUAUCAAUUGGAUGCCUCCCUAAUCUUGAAAGUUUAACUUUAACAGGAUGCUCUGCAUUGAGCAGAGUUUCAAAAUUGUCAAACAUUUUGGAAGGCAAAGAGUCAAAAAUGACUCCUCGGAUGAACUUGUCUCAUUGCUAUCUGCUGUGCUUCUAUCUGCCUCGUCAGUUUGCAAAGUUGAAGAAAAUGAAUAUACCGGAGGAUAUUUCAGAGGUAACGGCUCUAAUGUCUAUAUUUCUCUCAUGCUGGCAAUCUGAAUUCCAUGUUGAGUUUCCCGGAAGUGAAAUUCCGGAGUGGUUUACCUGCCGCAAGGUUUUUGAGAGGUUUCCCUGGCCUAAAGGUGUUGACAACAAAGGACUUCAAGUAUACGACUUGAGAAUUGAAUUUCCUCGAAACUUCAAGUGGGAGAACAAGGGAGGAUUGGCUUUCUGUGCUCAAGGUGGUGUUUUCAUGUUUGGAGGUUCGGUUUUCAGGUUCUUCGCAAUCUACAUUAACGGUGUGUGUAUCAUUGAAGAAUCCGAACCGUUGAAAGACCCUUGGUGGGGGUUAUCGCCUGAUCAUGUGUGGAUGUACUAUGCUCCGUUUGAUACAAUAAUUAAACGGCUCAGUGAGACCGGCUUACCACCACCUUCCACUUCCAUUUGUGAGGUUAAUUUUGAAUUUGAAUAUCAAACCAUCAAAACUAUCGCUGUUCCGGCCGAACACAGUCACCUGAAGGGAAGCUGCGGGAUCCACCUAGUAAUGCCAGAGGUUGAAGAUGAAGGCGGAUUUGGCAAGACCAGGUUGGACGACAUGAUGCAUGGGUUUGAACUUGCUUGUGAAGCUGCUGCCUUUGAACGACUUCUUGUGAAUUAAGACUCCAAUCUUCUGAAUAAAAUUCACAGGAAGGACCGAGUUCUGGAUGGAUCGAUGCUCUUCAUUCAAUUUAACAGAGGAGGACGUUUUAGUCUUUGAGAUACUACGAUUGCGGUUUCGCAUCAUACAUGUGACUUGGACUUAGUUCAUUGAUGGUUGAAGCUAGCUGCGCUGGAAGGGCUGUAUUGGCGAUUUGCCGUUGUUCCAUCCCUUCUCCAUGAGGGGCCUCCAGACUGCAACCAUAAGUUAGUUAUCGAGUUGCACAAGUUAAUGGCUUUCAACAUUUUGCUUCAUUCCCUGUGUACAUGCAUAUUUUGUGGUAUAAGCUACAAACUUGCAAUCCCUUUUGAUGAAAAUGUUUUCAAUAUUAAAUCCUUUCUUUUUUUCUUGAGAAGGAGGAAUAUUAAAUCCUUUCUUUGUAGAGAGUAAAAACAUUUCAAUUGAAAACAAAACGAAAUACA